AAGCAAGAAUGAAAACUCGUGGUCGCUCGCAGUUGUAAUUCAAUUGCUGUUUGCUGUGCUUGAGGAUGGAAGUCGACGGUGCGGUGGUGAUUGAAAAAGUUGCAGGAAAAUCAGCCGUUAGCAGAUGCUUUUCUAAGUAUCCCAUCAAAUUCAUCAUUCCCAGAAAGGUUGGUCCUUCCAAAACUGAUGUUAUUUGGAUUUACACUCUCAAUUAUGGCGGCGGCAUUGUCUCUGGAGAUUCAAUUUCGUGCGAGUUGACCGUUAAAGAUGGCUGCACUGCAGCCCUAACGACCCAGUCUUCUACUAAGGUUUACAAGUCCCGGGGAGAAGAGCGCUCUGAACAACUAUUGGAGGCAAGGAUUGGUAGUGAUGCCCUUUUGGCGGUACUUCCAGAUCCAGUGACAUGCUUCGCCACCGCAAGGUAUGCGCAGAAACAAGUGUUUAGAGUUGAUUCAAGAUCUAGUUUGGUUCUUGUUGAUUGGUUUACAAGUGGACGCCAUGGGAGGGGAGAAAUUUGGGAGUUCAAUCUUUUCAAGAGCACCAAUCAAAUAUUCUUAGAAGACGGCCAUCCAUUGUUUUUUGAUACGGUGCUUCUAGAGCAAGGAAGCACGAACUCUAUAAUAGAACGCAUGCAUGGAUACCAAGUCAUUGCAAUGGUUGUCAUUUUGGGGCCAAGGGUUAAGAAAGUCCAAGACGAAGUUCAAGAAAACGUGAAAAAGAUGAUGAGUGACCAGUUAUAUUCUCCUUUUACUUCUACCCGUGGAGCCCAAAUGAACAAGAACUCUGAUCAUUUGUAUGCCAAACCUAGAAUCAUUGCUUCUUCCAGCGUCUUUGGCCCCAAGGGAAUUGGCACCGUUGUUAGAAUCGCUGCCAUGGAAACUGAAACAGUCUACAGGUUUCUCCAACAACAGUUAGCUUCAAUGGAGCCACUUCUUGGAGUGCCCCCUUAUAAAUGAAAGAUAAUAAGAGUAUUACUCAAAACUCUAGGGCUGGUAGGAUUGUGGAUUACGAGUUCCCAAGUGUUUUUGUACUAUUCUGCAAAUGGGUAGCCCAAGUGUUGUACUAUUAGCUGGAAAUCUUCCAAGUGUUGUACUAUUCUAUUCUGUAAAUGGGAGUCUUCCCCUUCUAACGGAGCAUCCGUCUGUAGAAUAUUGUAUCAAUAAAGUGAAGAAGAGGAGCCCCCAAGUUAUCCGGCUGCCUUAUUGGACCUAUAUCAAAGCUGUAGACUAGUUUUGGUGUGGGGCUUCUCCAGUCCAUUUACUGGGUGUUCAAUAGAAGAAAUGACGUUUUGUA